GAGACUAUGUGAUGGUUAAAAAUUAUGAUUGCACAGUGGGAGCAUCUAAAAAACUAAUCCCCAAAAACAAAGGCCCCUAUGUAAUCGAAAAAGUUUUAAAAAAUGACAGGUUUUUGUUAAAAGAUGUAGAAGGUUUUCAAGUAUCCCGUAACCCAUAUCAAGGUGUUUGGAGUAUCAAAAACAUAAAACAGAAAUAAAAGCUAAUAUAUAUACAUAUAAGGAAAAAAUGUAAUAUAUGCUAAGUGUAUUGUUAUCCACAAUGGAAUUUCCUUAUCUUUAAGUGGAUUAGGUGAUCCAGCAGUCAGGAUGGCCGAGUUGUGGUAGGAUAACCCAUAUCACUCAGUACGGCAGCCCCAUUACAACCUAUAUCAGCCAAUACGGCAUCCCUAGCUUAGAUUAAGAAUCCAUAAAUGUACGGCCACCCCAGAAAAAUACCGAAGAUACGGGCACAUGAAAAGUAUGUAGAUCGACGCUCGUUCAUUCUAAAUGGCGGAUGAGUGGAAUAAAGACGUGUUCGGAAAAGUAAAUUGUCCAUCCUAUUUCACUCUCACAAUCUCAGAAGUGGGCCCUACUCACAAUGUGCGACAUCGAAUUAAACCAAUUCUCGGUAGUGCAAGAGAAGGUUCGAUCGGCCAGCAGCAGUUGGCAGAGGAAGCACCAACUAUGGCGCCGACAGUCGUAGAAGAGGCAGCACCAUCGAUUCAAGACAUGCAGGAGGAAUUUCUACUAUACACGGAACAGCCUAGCGCAGUAGAAGCCGAGAACGACGUCCUGAUGAAAUUACGCGCAGAGAUAGAUGCAGGCAGAGUCUUGAUGAAAAAAAAUCAUGACGAAAUAAACAAGAUCGUGCAUGUCGGCCAAGCCAAUGACGUCAUCAACGAGGGCAACGAAGCUCCCGAUAUCGAUAACAGUGGCAGCGCUAACAGCACCACAGUUAACAGUGGCUGCGCUAACAGCACCAAUGUUAACAGCACCAUCGACCACAGUGAUGGAAAAGGCUCCGAUUCAGACAGUGUUGCAAAACGUCAGGACACAAAUGUAAACAACAUAUGGGGAGCUUCGGCAACAUCGCUCACAUUGGCAAAGGAAGUGACUAUGGAAUUCGACGGGACACAGUGCGCCAAAAACUGGGUCAUACAGCUGGAUAAUAUUGCCGAAAUCUAUAAGCUGGACAAAAUCACUAAACGAAUGCUCCUGAUUGCUAAGCUCAAAGGAAACGCUCAGAGUUGGCUCCAUGCAGAUUCCGCACGUAUAUUGGAAUCAGCUCAUUACUUGUGCGAGCAAUUGAUCGUGGCAUUUGGGGCAACCUUGAACAAAGGAGAACAAAGAGACAGAUUCCAAAAUCGUCAAUGGCGUUCAGAAGAAAAUUUUGCCACAUAUUUUGAAGAAAAAAUGAUGCUGGCUAGAAACAUCAACAUAGACACCGAGGAGUUGAAGGAAAAGAUAAUCGAUGGAAUUCCGGCUUCGGGCUUGCGAGAUCAGGCUCGCAUUCAGUGCUUCUCGGAUCCGAAGCAAAUUCUACGUGCAUUCUCGGAAAUCCGCCUUCCGCAGCGGAAGCAGUAUGCCACACCAGUCUCGGCAGAUGCUGCAGCUAACAAGGGCUUACGCUGCGCCAACUGCAACUCACGUGGUCACUUCGCCAAGGACUGCUUCAAGCCAAAAAGGAAGCCUGGAUCCUGCUACGCAUGUGGGGCAUUUGGCCACCUUGUCGGACAAUGCCCGGAGAGAAAAAGCGUAACCAACAACAAUUAUCAUGCCUCAUAGACUCUGGGAGUAAAAUAUCGUUCGUUAAGAAAAGUUUAAUUUCUACAAAAACCAUCAUGGAGCCAGUUCUGAAUCAUAUUUUGGGCUGAAUCGAAGCCAAUUGAAAACAUUUGGAAAAAUAUUAUGUUAUGUUUUGAAAGGAGGAAUAAAAUGUUUUUUUCAUUUGAACGUGGUAUCGAACGAGUCUAUGAGUCAUGGUGUGGUUCUUGGCAGAAAUUGUAUGAAUGCAUGCGCGCUAAGCUUGGACCUAAACACUUUGAAAAUGGUUACGUUAGACGCUGUAAAUGAGAAAGCUAAUAAUCAAUUAAGUAAUAAUUCAGCAAUACCGAUAGAAAGUGAUAAACUGCAAAUUAAAACAAUGGGCAUGAGUAUAGGAAAAAACGAAAAGUUUAAUGAUAACGCUAAUAAAAUAGUUAGAGAUGAGGUGAUUAAAGAAGCCAAAAUUGAUGAAAUUGUUAGUGAUACCGUUAGUAAAGAGAUUGAUGAAAUUUGUGAUACCGUUAGUAAAGAGAUUGAUAAAAUUGUUAGUGAUACCGUUAGUAAAGAGAUUGAUAAAACUGUUAGUGACACAAUUCAUAAAAUGAUUGAUGAAAUUAUUAGUUAUACCGUUAGUAACGAUGAUAAUAUAAUUGUUAGUGAAGACGUUAGCAAGGAUAGUGAAAUUGUUACGGAAGUAGUUAGUAAAGCAGGUACUGAAAAUUUGAUCGAUCAUACCAGACCAAUCAGCUAUAUAAGUGAAACAGGUACUUCGAUAAAUGACGAUGCGGUCGUUACUGAUGGAAUCGUUAGUAGCAAAGCUGAGGACACAUACAAUGAAAUCAUUGCUCCAGACAUUUUUAAUAUCAAUUAUUUGGAAGAUGAAAAAGUCGAUUACAUCUGCGGAGAAAAAAUAAGUCAUGAGCUAAAAUGUCAACUAAGGCAAGCAAUCGAAGACUAUUAUGUAAACACUGUAAGGCCAAAGGAACCUUUAGUUAAAUGUGAGAUAAAACUUAGUUUAGAAAAAUCAAAACCGUUUAGCUGUGCUCCAAGGCGACUGUCAUAUAACGAAAAAGAUAAACUGCAACAAUUAUUAGACGAAUAUUUAAAGAACGGGAUAAUACGACCAAGUGAUUCCGAAUACGCUUCCCCUAUCGUAUUGGUUAAAAAGAAAACAGGGGAUUUAAGGUUAUGUAUAGAUUUUAGAAAACUUAAUCAAAGAAGGACAACUACCCCAUACCCCUCAUCGAUGAUUUGCUCGACAAACUAGCCAACAAAAAGAUCUUUACGAAGCUUGACCUCAAAAAUGGUUACUUUCAUGUGUUUGUUAAUGAGGAAUCGAUUAAAUAUACAUCGUUCGUGACACCUUUAGGACAAUUCGAGUUCCUCAGAAUGCCGCAGGGUCUGAAAACGGCAUCAGCAGUGUUUCAAAGGUUCGUUAACAAGAUAUUCGAUGAUUUGAUUAGAGAUGAUAAAGUUAUUGUUUACAUGGACGACAUAAUGGUUGCCAGCAGAAAUAUACAAGAACACUUAGAAACGCUAAAGGAAGUCUUCAAUAGAUUAGCGAAAAACAAGUUAGAAUUGCGAAUAGACAAAUGUGAGUUCUUACAAUCAAACAUAAAAUAUCUGGGGUUUUUAAUAAAUGGGCAAGGUAUAACAGCAGAUGACAGAGGAUUAGAAGCAAUCAAAAACUUUCCAAUCCAAGACAAAGUACAGGUUGUGCAAAGUUUUCUUGGCUUAUGCUCCUACUUCAGGAGAUUUAUAAAAGAUUUCUCAACUGUUGCCGAACCGCUUUACGAUCUUUUGAGAAAGGAUACCAAAUUUCAGUUUGGUGAAAAUGAAUUAAAUUGCUUUACAAUGCUGAAGGAAAUGUUAAUGCAGGCACCCAUUUUAUCAAUUUAUAAUCAUAAAGACGAGAUAGAACUGCACUGUGAUGCAGGCGCUCUUGGCUUCGGGGCAGUGUUACUUCAAAAGAAAGACGACGGAAAACUGCAUCCAAUUUUUUAUUUUUCUAAGCGAACAACUGCAGCGGAAUCAAAAUAUCACAGCUUUGAGCUGGAAACAAUGGCAAUUAUUUACGCUAUGUGGAAGACCACGUUUUAUAUAAAUAUCACAACGAAAUAGGACACAUAGGUAGAGACAAAAUGACAAACAUAAUUAACAAAAGUUAUUGGUUUCCAAACGUUAAAGAAAAAUGUUCCGGUCACAUUGAAAAUUGUUUGAAGUGCGUUGCGUUUUUACCUAAAUCAGGAAAAGAAGGAUAUUCACACUCCAUUCCAAAAGGAAAUAUGCCAUUUGAGCUAAUCCACAUCGAUCAUUACGGUCCGGUUGACUCGGGUAGAUCAAAAAAGCACAUAUUAGUAGUUGUUGAUGCUUUUACAAAGUUCGUGCGUUUAUAUACAACAAGAACAACGAAUACACGAGAGGUCAUCGUUUCGUUAAAAGACUACUUUAGAGCAUACAGCAAACCCAAAUGCAUAAUUUCAGAUCGAGGGAGUUGCUUCACAUCAAACGAAUUCGACGAGUUCAUGACAGAGACUGAUAUCAAACACAUUAAAAUCGCUAACGGAUCGCCUCAAGCAAAUGGUCAGGUGGAAAGAGUCAAUAGAAGCCUUGGGCCAAUGAUAGCGAAAUUAGUAGAACCAGAAAAGGGUAUACAUUGGGAUGCAGUAAUAGACAAAGUAGAACAUGUAUUAAAUAACACACAGCACAGGAGCACAAAGCAAGUGCCUUGUAAACUUUUAUUCGGCAUAGAACAGAGAGGAAAAAUUAUAGACGAAUUAAAAGAAAAACUAGAAGAGUUAAAUGAAGUACAAGAAAACAAAGAUCUAACAGAAUUAAGAGAUAAAGCGGCGGAAAAUAUAGAGAUAGCUCAAGCGUGCAACAAAAAGCAAUAUGACAAGGGCUUAAAGAAACCCAAGGAGUACAAGGAAGGAGACUAUGUGAUGGUUAAAAAUUAUGAUUGCACAGUGGGAGCAUCUAAAAAACUAAUCCCCAAAAACAAAGGCCCCUAUGUAAUCGAAAAAGUUUUAAAAAAUGACAGGUUUUUGUUAAAAGAUGUAGAAGGUUUUCAAGUAUCCCGUAACCCAUAUCAAGGUGUUUGGAGUAUCAAAAACAUAAAACAGAAAUAAAAGCUAAUAUAUAUACAUAUAAGGAAAAAAUGUAAUAUAUGCUAAGUGUAUUGUUAUCCACAAUGGAAUUUCCUUAUCUUUAAGUGGAUUAGGUGAUCCAGCAGUCAGGAUGGCCGAGUUGUGGUAGGAUAACCCAUAUCACUCAGUACGGCAGCCCCAUUACAACCUAUAUCAGCCAAUACGGCAUCCCUAGCUUAGAUUAAGAAUCCAUAAAUGUACGGCCACCCCAGAAAAAUACCGAAGAUACGGGCACAUGAAAAGUAUGUAGAUCGACGCUCGUUCAUUCUAAAUGGCGGAUGAGUGGAAUAAAGACGUGUUCGGAAAAGUAAAUUGUCCAUCCUAUUUCACUCUC